GAUACAACGUUUUAUUCGGCUAACGUUUCGACCAAUCGCCUUCGCCAGAGUAAACGCCCAUUGUCGGCAGUGCAGAAACGACGAUUGAAGCGUUUGGGCAUUCCUGAGGUCGACGAUGCAAACCAACUGAGUCCUGAACAACGUGUCGAGUUUGCACGCCUGAAUAUUGCACCCGAUACGAUUACAUGGAAUCGUGUGAUCGAUACGAAUGAUCGAAUUGAAAUAGGUCUGGGGCCGGGUGAGAAAGGACACGCAAGACGAACGCAGUUUGAUAUCACCGUUGCUAGUGAGAUUAUGGCGAUUUUGGCGCUCACGACAUCCCUUGAAGAUAUGCGUGAACGGAUUAGCAGAAUUGUAGUCGCAUCGGACACAAGUGGUAAACCAGUUACUGCUGACGACAUUGGUGUUACGGACGCUCUGACGGUACUCAUGCGAGACACUGUUCGUCCAAAUCUAAUGCAAACCCUCGAAGGGACGCCUGUAUUCGUACAUGCUGGACCAUUUGCCAAUAUCGCCCACGGACAAAGCAGUAUUCUGGCGGAUAAGGUUGCCCUCAAACUUGUCGGUGAGGAUGGAUAUGUCAUCACUGAGGCCGGUUUCGGUGCUGAUAUUGGCAUGGAAAAGUUCUUCGACAUCAAGUGCAGAUAUUCCGGAUUACUACCAUCUGCGGUAGUUUUGGUGGCCACUAUCCGAGCCUUGAAAAUGCACGGUGGAGGUCCACCCGUUGUAGCUGGCAGCCCGCUGUCGCACAUGAAAGUGGUUUUGAAAAAGGCACUUUCAUAUGGAGCUAAGAAGGCGGUAUCGUCGAGCCAUUGGUCGAUGGGUGGAGCAGGUGCGGUUCAACUAGCUCAAGCUGUUGUCGAUGUUACAACUGAAUGUCCUUCCGAUUUCAAAUUUCUGUACCCAUUGAAUAUGUCACUUGAACUAAAAAUAGUCCGUAUUGCCUGUGAAAUAUAUGGUGCAGAUGGAAUUGAACUUUCCAGUGAAGCCAUGGAGAAGGUGAAACGCUACGAAGAACAAGGAUUCGGGGACUUGCCUAUAUGUAUGGCCAAGACCCAUUUGUCAUUGUCACAUGAUCCCACUAAAAAAGGAGCACCAAAAAACUUUACGCUACCUAUUCGGGACAUUCGCCCAUCAGUUGGUGCCGGUUUUGUGACACCCCUGGUCGGUGAAAUGAUGAUGAUGCCAGGCCUCAGUACCCGCCCAUGCUUCUUCGACAUCACUAUAGAUCCAGUUACAGAGUUGAUUGAUGGACUAUUUUAA